AUUUAAUGUAUUUAUUUUAUGUUUAAAUUAUGUAUUAGUUUUACAUUUUAAACCGUGAUUAACAAUUAUUAUGGAAAUACGUAAUUCAAAUGAUACUGAUGAUGUAUGUGAAAUAAAUAAUUUUUUAAAAUAUUUUUAUUUCAUUUACAAAUAAAUAUUAUAAUAUUAUAUAUAAAAUUACAUAUUUAAACAUAUUUACAGGUUUUACAAAAAUUAUCCAAAGAAGAUAUUUGGAACAAAUUUCAAGAUGAAAUUACUCAAAUAAAAAAAGAAAAUGAAGGUACUUAUCAAUUUUCAUUAUGUUAAUAAAAAUUUUCAGUAAUUAAGUCUUUAUGAUAUAAAAUCUACAAAAUUGAUGAAUAUUAACUUUUUUAAUUUCAAUUAGAAUUACAAAAUAAAGAAAAAAUGUGGGAGCAAAAGUUUGUUGAUCAACAGCGUAUUUAUAAACAUUCUGAAAGUCAGGUACGGAUUUUAGUUUGUAUAUUUCUUUAGUAUAAAAAUCAAAACAAUAUUACUUAUACUUUUUAAUAUUCUAAUGAAAAGCUAAAAAAAUAUUUUUUAUUAAAAUAAACUGAUAUUUCUAGGAAUUACUGAAGAAAAAUAAAGAACUGCAAGAAGCUGAAUCAGUUAUCAAUCAGCAAAAAGAAAAAAUUAACAUGUUAAAUAUUCAACAAAAUGAUGAAAUAGAUGCUUUACAAAAAAAACUUCUAAGUAACAAAUGUGCAUUAGAUGCAUUAAAGAAAACUUUGGACAACGAAAAGGCAUUUAGAAUCUGUGCUGAUGAAGAAAUAAAAAAUCUUAGAGAACAGAUAAAAUGCAAUACUAUCAAAUAUAAAUCACUAGAAAAUGAAAAUGAGAAAUUAAAAACCGAAAAAUUAAAAGCAGAAGAAGCUAAGAGUAAAAUAAGCCAACAAUGUAAUGAAUUAAUACAGAAAAACAUCUCUUUAGAAAAUCACUGUGAGAAAAAAGAAUUAGCAUUUGAUGAACAGGCAAAUUUAAUUACCCAAUUGGAAAACAGUAUUACUGAAAUGAAGGAAAAAAUAAAUAAUUAUGUUGAAAUGGAAGGAGAAAAUAACAAACUAUUAAAACAAGUUAAAUUGUUUUCUAAACAAAUGGAGGAUUAUGAAAAUGAACGUGAAGUUUAUGUCCAAAGAUUACAAAAAAUGCAAAAAGAAGAAAACGAAUUCAAGUGUAUUAUUAAAGAUUUAAAAAAAGAAAUUGAAGUACAAAAUAGUAAAAUCAAUUACCUCAAUGAAAACAAUUCUGAUUUAAGUUCUAAAAAUUUAUUAUUAUCUGAUAAUAUCAGUAGUUUGCAAUUCAACUUUACCAAUGCUUUAAAACUUUUAGAUGACAUUUUUGAGAAAUAUGUAAAAGUUCAAGCAAAUCAAAACGAAAGUAUUGUAGAUAACAAAAUAUCGUUUAAAUUAAAACCGCUUUUAAAUGAAGCAUUUGAACUGUUUGAACAGACUUUAACCGAAUAUAGAUUACUUAAAUCAUGUUAUAAGGAGUCUGAGAUAACCUUAAGAGAUGAAGUAAACAAAAAAGAAAUUAUCAUUCAAACAUUAAAAGAGAAAAUAGAAAAUUACAAACAGAAAAUAAUUAAAAAUGAAAUCACAAGUUCUAAUCUUUCAGAAACAAAAAUGUUUACUGAAGAUGCAAAUUGUAUACAAACCCAAGAUUGUCCUAUUAUUAAUAAUAAAUGUAAUUUAAGUGACGAGCAGGUGAAGGACUUCAUUAACUUAGUUGAAAUAUUACCUAAACAAAAACUUUUAGUAUCUCAAUAUGAAGAUAUUAUGUUUGAGAAAAUAAAUGAAAUUGAAAACUUAAAUAUAAGUGAAAGCAAUUUUAUUAAGAAUGCAAAAUUAAUAAUUGAAAAUUUAAAUAAAAAAAUAUUUGAUAAGGAUAUAGUUAUAAAUGAACUUAAAACAGAAGUAUUAACACUUAAAGAAAAAAUUACAGAAAAAGAUUUAUUGUAUAAUGAGAUGGAAAAUGAGUUACAACAUUUUAGAGACAAUUUUGGUGCUUAUUAAAAUUAAAUUAGUUAUAUUAUUCUUGUUGUUUAUAUUAAUAUUUAAAUUAUUAUAGAUAGUUUGAGUUCUACAUCAAUUAGUAAAGCUGAUGAGAUUUAUCAAUUACGUGAAAUAGAUGAAAGCCAAGAAGAUCGUUUACAAAAGGUAAGAAAUUAAAAUUUUAAAUGAAAAUUAAUAACCAUUGAAGGAUUAAAAAUUAAUAUAAUUUGAUUUUUUAGUUGAAAGCUAUUGCUAUAAAACAAAAAAAACAAAUAGCUGAUUUACAACAGUCUUUGGAAAAUGAAAUCAAGAAGCAUAGUUUAGAAAGAAAUGAGUUAGUAAAUAAGAUUACAGCGUCAGCUGAACAAGGCAAACUUGCUCGAGUAAGAAUUAUUUAAAAAAUCGAGUAUACUUUGAAUAUUUAGUAAAUCAUUGUUUGUAAAUUAUUGUAUUAUUUUAAAGUGUUUUCAUAUUUUUAAUGUAAAUAACUUAUAUUAUCAAAUGAUUAUAUAAGUUACCAUGUUUUAAUUUGUCUACAAAAAAUUUAGAACAUAUGAUAACCAUUGUGUACUAGUGGUUAAGAAUUAAGAAUUUAUGAUGUAAAAAUACUUAAAUAAUUUGUUUUUAUUUUUAAGUGUUUACAACAACAAUAUGAUAUCAAAUGUGAUGAGUAUGAUAUCAAAUGUAAAGAAAUCAAUGAAUUAGUUAAAAAGUUAAAAGAAGAAGAGAAUCAAUUAUUAGAACAGGCUAAAUUGUGCACCGAUUUAAAAUCUGAUGUUGAAACUUUAAAGAACAACUUAACAUGUGCUCAAAAGUCCAUAAAUAGGUAAUUAGUAUGUUUGAACUAUUUCAAAAAUGUUUAUUUAUAUUUUUAAUUCUUAAUAAAAUAUUUUUAGUUUUCUAAUUUUUAAUAAUAUUUGUUUAUUAUAAAUUGUAGUCUAAAAGAAACAGAAAAAUCUUUAAAUUCCAAAAUUGACAUUUUUAAACAAGAAAAAUCUGCUGCCGAAAUACUUAAAGCAGACCGUGAAAAUUCUAUCAAAGAACUUACAAAAAAUUUAAAAGUUACAAAGGAUAAAGUAAAAUCAAUGGAAAUUGAACUUAACAAAUUAAAAGCAGAUAAGCAAAAAAUUAAUAUUCGUGAUCUCGAAUUAAAUUCUUAUGAAGUAAGUAGUAUAUUAAUAAAUUAUGCAAUUCCUUUUUUAUAUCUUAUGGUUUUUUAGAAAACAUUAGAUGAACUAUCUCAAAAAGUAAAAGAUGAAAAACAACAUAGUCAAAAUCUAGAACAGGAACUUUCCAAUGCUAAUAAUGUUAUUGAUUCUUUACAUGAACAAAUAAAACAUUUAGAACAUAUUAUUACUACUGAACAAGAACGAAAUAAACAAAAUAUAGUAAGUGAAGUAUUUAUGUUAGAAAUAAAAUGUUUAUUUUAAUAAAGUUUUUUUAAGUUUUAUACAGUGGCGGCUUGUGGGUAAAAUAAUUGGUGGUGCACAUUUAAUAAAUUGUACACAAUAAGUACAAUCGAUUCAGAAAUUAGAGAUUAAAACAAAUAUUUUAUCAACAUAUAAAUAUAUUUGUUUUUAUUUUAUAUAGGAUGCUUCUGGAUAGAAAUCUACAAUAUAUUAGGGAAUUAUGUUUGUUUCUGUUAAAUUAAAUAAUAUUAUUUAAGAAUUGAAUGUUUACUGGGUCGGUCAGUGUACUCUAUUGAGUAUUUUUGGAGAUAACGAGAUUAUCGUUGGACAAAUUUAAUAUUAUUUAAAAAAAAUAAUUAGUUCCCAAUGCAUAAUAUGUUCUGUCAGCUCCGACAGACGCUUGUACGACCGCAUCAAUGCAAUAUUCAUUUGUGCACCAACACACCACUAAGUCUAAUGGUAGUUUUGCCAGUAGUGGGAAUGAAACAGUCAAAUGCACAUGUGCGACUGGUGCAAAAAUUGUAUUUGUCUGUCCAUACUCCAUGACUGCUGCCAUUGCGUAUUGUGUGCAAUGACACCUUUAAUGUGCGACAACAUAAAUUUUUCUCAACUUUUCGCAUUAAAUAUUUCUUUAACUAUAAAAUAAUUACUAUUCUUGUCUCCAAAAUAAAUAUGAAUACAUUUCUAGUUUAUAAUAUAUAUAUAUAUAUUAUGAUAAUAAUAAAUAAUAAUACAUUUGUAUAUUGUAGUAAUAUAAUAAUAUAUAGUUUUUAAAAUUGUAGGUGGUGCACUGCUCCUGUGUAUCAUAGCACAAGCCUUCAUAUGUUCAUGUAUUAUUUACUUUUGUUAUACAGUAUACAUUUUCAAAAAUGUUAUAAUAUUUAUUCAUAUCUAAUAAAUCAGCUAUGAUUAUUCAUUGCUUAGUAAAUAUGUAUUUUUCAUUAGAGCUGUACACAUUUUAAUUUCUUAGUGAUAAUUUAAAAUGUUAUUUUUUAAUUAUUACUUUUUUAUUUUAACUACUAAUAAUUUCAAUAACAUGAUUUUAUACAAGUUAUAUUUUUAUAAUUUUUAAAUUUUAGAAUCAAAUAGAAAUAUUUAGAACAGGAUUGAAUAACGCUGAAUCAUUAUUAAAUACAAAAGAAAAUAAUUUAUUAGAGUGUCAAGAAUCUUUAAAUCAAGAAAAGAUAUUAAACACAAAUUUAACAGAUAAAUAUGAAAAAUUACAAACACAAUAUGAAACUGAAAAAGUAACUUAUCAGUUACAACACUCACAGUUAAAUGAAAAAGUAUUAUUGGUUAUAAUUUUUGUAAUUACAAUAUUUUUUAAUUUUAAUGUAUGUUUAUUUAAUUUAAUAAGGUUCGAAAAUUGCAAGUAGAUAUAAAAAUAGCAAAUGAUUCGAUUUCUAAGUAUAUGGAGGAAAAUCAAAGCUUGCUUGAUGAAUUUGAAGCAUAUAAAGUAAGAGCUCAUAGUGUUUUUCAAAAACAUAAACAAGACACUGUAUUCAAUGCAAAAGUGACUGAAUUAAGUGAACAACUUCAAGAAGUUACUAAAGCUUUAAAUUCCUGUAAAAGUAAUCUACAAAAUGUAUCGUGAGUAUUUUGUAAAUUUAAAAAAAAUCUUCCUUCUUUUUUUUGAAAAAUUUGAAUCUAUAUUUUUAUAGAUCAGAGUUGUCAACUAAAAAUACAGAAAUAAGUAUGUUGAAAAAUGAAAUGGAUAAGUAUGAAAAGAAGAUAAGUAAUGUAACAAAAAUAUCUUUAUCAAAAGACAAAGAAAUAUAUCGUUUAAACAUUGAAAUUGAUAAUCUUAAAUCAAUAUUGGAAAAAGAAAAGGCUUCUUUCAAUGUUAGUCAAAUACAAAUUAAAGAAUUAUACUAACUUCAAAAUAAAAUAAAAAAAAAAAAAACAUUUAUUUUGAUUUCUAGGAAAAAAUUUCUAGUGAAGUAUUAGUAUAUGAAAAGGAAAUUGAAAGACUAAAACAAGAAAUUACUUUAGUUAAAGAUUUAAAUACACCAACAAAUGUUGAACUACCUAUAAUAGAAAAUAAACAUAAAGAAUCCAAUUUUACAAGUCAUAUUCAUGAUGACGAUGAAAUGGUUAGUAUUUUUGUAACUGCACAUACAAUAAUUUAUUAAUAUUAUAUAAAUAUAUUAUAUGACUAUGAUUUACAUCAUAAAAAUGUUUAGUUUUCAGAUUUUGCAAGUUCAAAUGAAUCGGUACAAAAAAACUGCAAAUCAACACUUAUGCCUUUAGAAGAUCUAUUAUCAUUUGAUAAUAACAGUGGUAAAUAAAUAUCCACUUAUGUUUUACAUAAUUUUAUUAAUAUUUAUAAUUAUAUGAUUUUAUUUUUCUAUUAGUUGGUGAUCCAGUUUGUGAACUAAACAUCAACCAAAAACAUUUGAAACAAUUGACUUUGAUGUUACAUGAAGCUGAAAAGAAUUGUUCUCGGUAUGAGCAACAAAAUAAAUUUCUCAAAGAAGAUAUUAGAAGAUUACAGCGUAGCGUAGAUAGACAUGCUGAAAUACAAAAUAUGGAAUAUUUAAAAAAUAUAAUUAUUAAGGUAUAUCAAUAUUUUGGAUAUUAAAUCUUAAUCAUUAGUAGUAAUUAUUAUUUGAAUUUUUUUUAACAGUUUAUUACUUUAUCGAGCGGAGUUGAAAAAUGUCAUUUAGUACCAGUGAUGAAUAAACUACUCAAACUUAGUCCAGAUGAACAGAAGCAGGUAGAAACUAUUGCUAAAGGUAAAAUUAUUUACUAUAGGUAAUUUCAUUUAAUUUAUAUUUUUAAUAAUAUCUUGUGUAAUUUAGGAACAUUAGGAGACCAAAAUUCAAGCUGGUCUAGUUUGUUUGCAUGGUCCCAAGGAGCUUAAUUUAUUUACAUAUUAUCCAGUUUUAUAUUGUUAUAAGUGAUUUAAUUAUUUCAGAAAUAUUAAGUAU